UAGACGCAAAGAUUUUUCAUGAUACUAACCUUUUUAUUUACAUAUACAAGAGUUCUUACAUUCUUGUAAAGCCACUAUAAUACAUAGAGUUUCGGGCUGGUCCUUAAUUAAUCCUAAUUUCCCCUGGAAUACAACCUACCAAGUCGUUUAACAACCAGACUAAUGAGCCCUAAUACAUGGCAGCUGAUAUUUUUAUAAAUAUUCUGCAAUGAGCUUGGCAUGGAUCAGGAGUCAACAGAGUUUCCUCUCUCCAGAGGUAAAAACCCUGCUCCAGAAGGCAAUUCUUGUUAGCAAUGAUCAAGUGGAUUCUUCUGAUACUCAAUCAUGGCUCAACGAGGACUGUACAAUUGCUUUUGGGAAACUAGAAGAAGUUUUGUCAGAUAUAGUGGAGGAAUAUGAGAGUAAAGAAUGGUUUUCUGAAGCUGUUGUGAAGUUAGCUCCACUCUUCAGUCACUGCCAUAAUGUAAUAAGAAAGUUGACACUGGAUGAUUAUAGUACCAUCUUGCAUCCAUAUCUGCAAUGGACUCAUAAGGGUGCUGAAAUUUGUACUUGCCUGGAGGAGAUAUCCGAGGGAAGCUGCAGCAGCGAUCAUCUUGUUGGCCUCCUCACCAUCACCGCCAUUACUGAGAGAGCUUUAGGAAAUCUAGUUCUCAUGAAACGCGAACAAGUGCCAUUUUUACUCCGAGACCUUCUUGCUACACCAGAAUUGCUGACAUUAUUAGGAAACACAAGGAUCACUCUGUUGAAGAUUCUGCUUGGUUCUGUACUGGGCAUAAAUCUUCGCAACAUUGCAUGGCAUGGGUUCCUUAGCCCUUGUGAGGCAAAUCCAGCAUUUGUUGCUUCCAUCAUUAUUAUUCUGGCAGACUGUGGAAGAUUCCUCAAAGACUGCAAGAUUACAAAUGUUCCUUGUAGGCCAUUUGUAUCAUUCAAAGAGGCAUGUUGUCUUAGCAGUAUAUUUGAAAAUGUUUCCUUCCCACCAAGAAUAAUAAUGGAAGAGUUGAUAAUCAAGUCACCGCUUGUACCAGCUAUUAUGAUUCCAGCAUGGAUGAAAGCUCUUGAUCUAUUGACUGCUAAAAGGUGGGGCUCGACUUUAACAGUGCUUCUGCCAAUCAUGGAGUGCUCUUUGCGUUGUCUCUUUGCAUAUGCUAAUGAAAUGCCGAAAAGAGUUUUAACGGCUGAAAAUUCUACAUUAUAUAUAACUUUGAAUGAGAUUCUCGAUCCUUGUAUCUGUGAAUCAAAUUAUGAUUUUGUAGAAUAUGGAAAACUUAAUCAGAGUACAAAGAAAUCUUAUGCCAGUAUCAAUUUAUUAUGUAGAAUCAAUGAGAAUAACACCAGUGCUCCCUUUAAACAUGGAACUGUGUCACAUAUAUCUGCUUCAGCAAGAAAGUUAUCAAAUACUAAUCAUACUUUGCUCAUUAUUGGCAAAAAGCUCAAUGAAGCACUUCAGGAUCUUCUGAAUUUUGUGCAAGGUCCUCGUGUACGAGAUCGAAUAAGCCAUGGUGAGGUUCAACUAGAAGAGUUACCACAAAAUAUAGCUCAGAGUACUAUGUACCUCUGUCUGCUUGUAUUGAGCCUUGGUAGCUGGAGGUCUAAAAUGCAAAGAACAAGUACUUGCAGUCAAAUGAAAUGUAGCCAUUACAAUAUUGACUGUGUUAAUUUGGUAGAUCCUGUAACUGAUGAUUUGUACUGUUAUCUAAAAGAUAUGUACAUCAAAAGGGAUACAGAUGAUAAUGAAAUUAAGAAAUGCACUAAUAGUAUGUUGGAAUCUCUUUCUGUAAUUGAAGCAUCAGAAAACUUAAUUGUUUUAUUAACAAAGCUAAGUGGAUGCAUUGAGAAGUAUAAAAGCAUUUAUCACCCAAGUGCCAUACUUCAAGAUCAACUUGUCUCCUCAGUGUCUCAGCUAAAGAACUGGUUAACAUGGGAAAGAGUGGACUUUGAAGAGCUGGGUUAUGAUGACUGGAAAAAUAAAAACAGUUCAGAGUUACCAGAGAUGGUAUCUAUACCUUCUGUUGACAGUAAGCAUGAAGUCAAAAGCCUUGAUCAAAUUAAAGAUUUUCUUUCUCAUAUUUGCAAUGUCAGUUAUGAAGUCCUCUACAGACCAAAGCCAGAGCUUGAGGUAGUAUCUGUCCUUCAGAGAGUUGCUUCAAGUGUCCAGUCAGCUCUUGCCAAUAUUUGUAAAAGUCUUUCUAUCAGAUAUGUGCAAUAUAUAAACAAAAAACUACGAUCAAGACAGAGAGAGACAUACCGCAGACAGUUAAAUGCAAUUCCAGCAAUAGUACUCAACAUUUAUCUCGCCUUGCAAAUUAUUUAUGUGGUAUUCUUUUCUAUAAAUAGAGUUUCUUAUCUUAGCAAGCCAUGCUUUACUAAUCUACUCAGUGUGUUGAAAUCAAUGCUGAAAUUUCAGGAAAAUAUAGCAUCGCAAACCAACCUCAAUACUAACCGUUGGGAUGAAGCUUUAUCACUCUCUCUCAAAAGCAUUACAACAAUCAAAAAAUAUUUUUCAGGUUAGAAAUGACUUGCACAAUUGUAUUGAAUUUUUAUUUUUAAUAUGGGUCAUGUGGAUAUACUGUUAGGAACGGACCAUUUUAAUUAAUAGUGCUCGAGACUAAUACCCAUUCCUUUUUAUUACUAAAAGGAAUGGGUAAUAAUUCUAAAAGCACCCUCAAGUAAGAGUGUUACACUCUUACUAGAGUAUUACAAAUGUGUGUUAAGAGGUGGUAGCUCCUCUGUUCCUGUGGGGAGGAAUACUUGCCUGGUUUGAGGAUGAAGGAAUUUGAUGUGGAUCAUUUAUAGUGGUAGACUGUUUGCAUGAUAAAAUUUGUUUCAUUUCACACAAAAUUUAGGAGAUUAGUUUAUUUAAAUUUGAUUUCAUUUGAAUUUAGGUUAUCCAGCUAAUUGUUGAAUGUUUAGGUUUAGAUUUAAUUUGACUAUUCUUUCAAUUCAAGUGACCUGCCACUUGGCUGCUCAUGCACCCUGCAUGAACAUAUAUGGCACACCAGACAAACAUAAAAGAAUCUACGAUCUUUAAGUUGCUCUUCAAUCACUUUACGUGUACUGAAAGUAGGAAUUUAUAAAAUUACAGUACUCCCCUACUUGAACCAAUAUUGAAGGAAACCCAUGUGUGUACCAUUAUAUCUGUAUAUACUGUCUGCUUUUGGUAUCUAAUCAAGGGUUUCUUAAAACCUAGGGACAAGUAAUGUAGAUUGAUGAUUGAAGCAUCUUUCCUAAUGACACUACGGUAUAUAUUUACUGUCUAGCAUCCUUAGUAUUCAUGAUGCUCCUCUCCUGGUAGUCUUUUUUAAGCCAAGAAAUUUAUAUUUAACUUCUACCCACUAUAUUCUACCCACUUCAAGACUCCGCACCAAUAUAGAAGCAUCAAGAAAUAUGGGCUAAUAGGCCCUUUGCAGUUACUUCCAUUCUUCCCUUUAAUUUACCCUAUUUAUACCCAUUGUUUCG